AUGACCGCCGCCCACUCCUCCGCCUGCACGCUCGUCGGCUCCCCAUGCAACCUCCCCGCCCGCGGGCCGCUGUCGGACGCCGCACCCGAGCGGGCGUUGAGGGCGAGCGACUGGAAACCGCUGCGAAAGCUGGGGAAGAUCAUGUUCCUCGUCGAGGACCGGCAGACGCGCGCGCGGCUGAAAGUCGUCCAGAAGCGGGACAUGCCCCGCCGUCCGCGAGCAGCACGCGAUGCGCCCCGGGCGUCCUCCGCCUCUGCGCGUCGCUGCACGACUCGGACAGCUCCUACUUACCUCCUCACCGUGCGUCGCCGUCCAAUCUCCCUCGCCUGUGCGUGCCCCGACCGCGUUCUCUCCCCCUCACCCCCCAAGAACAGUGAAUACAUGCCCAGCGGCGACCUCGAUGCCAAGAUCCAGCACGCCGUGCAACUGGUCUGUCCCCGUCCCCCUCCCGCCCGUACCGCCCGCUGCUGA